AGCAACAACGAAGAGAAAGAAAUAGGAGAAUGGACAUUUGGUAAAGAGAUUGGUAAAGGCUCAUUUGCGAUCGUCUAUCACGGAUGGCGUACGGGAAAUAAUAAUUCUUGCGCUAUUAAAUCUGUAAUAAAAUCUAAGCUUACAGCUAAGCUCCUCGAUAAUCUAGAGGGUGAGAUUAGUAUAUUAAAGCGUAUACAUCAUCCGAAUAUCGUUGGCUUAAUGGAUUGUUUCAAAACAAAUACACAUAUACACCUAAUAACUAGCUACUGCUCCGGUGGCGAUCUCAGUUGCUAUAUCAAGAAACGAGGACAGGUACCUACUCUUGAAUACUGGCCAUCCGGAAUUGAGGGUGUAGGCGCACCUGCAUUUUACAAGCACCCAGAUUCUGGUGGUCUAGACCAGAAUGUCGUACGAUCUUUCUCAGGCCAACUAGCACAAGCCUUAUUGUUUUUACGUUCACAAGAUCUAAUUCAUAGGGAUAUAAAACCUCAGAAUUUAUUGUUACAGCCCGCCGACCCUGCUGAUCUAGAGAGAGGCCACCCUCUUGGUAUUCCAAUACUAAGGGUCGCUGACUUUGGUUUCGCUAGAAAUUUACCGGCCGCUGCAAUGGCUGAAACUCUUUGUGGUUCUCCGUUAUAUAUGGCACCUGAAAUUCUACGUUAUGAAAAAUAUGAUGCUAAAGCUGAUUUAUGGAGUGUUGGAGCUGUCAUGUAUGAGAUGUCUACUGGUAGACCACCAUUCAGGGCGCAGAAUCAUGUUGAAUUAUUACGUAAAAUUGAAAGAUCUGAGGAUAAAAUAAAGUUUCCCUCACCUACAGAAUCAAUGCAGUUCGAUAUACCCCGAGAUAUUAAGGAUAUAAUAAGAAAAUUACUCAAAAGGCAUCCAAUUGAAAGAAUUUCAUUCGAAGAUUUCUUUGAU